AAGCUAACCAAAUCUGCAAUUUCGAAUUGUCAUAUCAUCUAAGAGUAUGCAGCAUUAUAUAAUAAUUUCACAAUUAUAUAUAUACAAUGGAUUAUACAUUAAAAAAUAUUGAAAAAAGUUGAAAAAAGUUGAGCCGGCAGCUCUGGUUUUGGCUGACACAAUCAAAUUUUGACAUCCAUUAAAUUUGUGUCUCAAUUUCGGAAAUAAUAGGUAUCAAUUGUUAAAAAAUAUAUAUUAUUAUAAGUAACAAAAUACAUACUAUAAAUAAUAUAACAAUACUCAAUACGGAAUUAAUUGAAAACAAUCCCUAUCCUUCCAUGUGUUGUUUAGAAUUUAAAUAAAAGUUAUCUGUAGACAGAGGUGACUUCACUUAAUAUGUGUACAUAACAGUCGGAUUCAAAACAAUGCCAUCAAUUUUAAUAAAUUUGAAACAUUUCCGACGUUGAAAUUUCAAAUUCUUUUAAAAAUAAAAUCUUGUAUCAGAAGUGUAUAAAAUAUAUGUGUGUCGGUCUGUUCAGGGAGUGCGGGUAUCAAUAUAACAAAUUGACAUCAAAACAACGUGGUCGAAUUGUUUCAGUUUGAUAUAUUAAUACAAUUAUUAAGAUUUUAUUUUAUCAAUAUAGAAUGGGCUGUUUUUUUUAAUAUAAAACUUGUAAGAUGCUACGUCACAACGGCUUAACUGGUAUGCCCUUAUAUAAGUUAAUCCUUGGUUUUGGACUAUGCACAUUGGGUGGCGCUAUGUUAUAUACCUAUUUCAAAAAUCGGGAUGAAGAUAAAGAUGUGUCACAACCAAAACCCGUGGUGAAACAAAAAAGAAAACCACAACAAGCGAAGUUAAACCCACAACGGAUUGACGAGGAAUCGAAGAUCAACUUUGAAAUAUUAAAUGAGCAUAUACCACUGUGUGUGGGUCGUGGAGGAUCCAAUUUAAAAUCCAUUGAACAACAGACGAGCACAAAAAUACAUUUACGGGAUAAAAAUGAUAAGUACAAGAUCUGUGAUAUAUACGGGAUGGCAGACGGAGUAAAACAAGCUCGUGCAUUACUAUUAAAAGAAAUAGAACGGGCUCCAAUUGUCAAGGAAGAAAUCUUUGUGCCACAAAGUGUAUGCGGAAAAAUUAUGGGACGAUGCGGUGAGGCAAUGCAAGAAAUAUGUCGCAUCUCAUUGGCAAAAGUUGCUGUGGACUCAGGAAGUGGUCGUAGCGGAGGGGCUAUGGAUAAACGACGCAUUCUUUUAACUGGAAAUCAGCAACAGGUAAAUAUUGCACGAAAAUUGAUUGAGGAAAAAAUUGAAGAAGAUGAAGACCUUCGGCGAGCCGUUGAAGAAGUCGAACAUAGCCGCGAGCCGCGUCGUUCGCCUUCGAACAGCAUCAAUUCAAGCAUGUAUUCUUCGCAAACGUCUUUGAGUUCGCAUUUGCCUCCCCGUGAAAAACUUCUCGCUUCUCGUAAUGAGGAUAAGCCAAUGGAGAUUUAUGUAUCUGCUAUUGCAUCACCUUCCAAAUUUUGGGUACAAAUUAUUGGUCCACAAUCAAAGAAACUAGAUGACAUGGUACAAUCAAUGACAGAGUACUACAGUGAACCAGAGAAUAAAGCCCGUCAUCAAAUCGGGGAGCCAUAUUUAGGUCAAAUUGUGGCAGCCGUAUUCAAAUAUGACGGAAAGUGGUAUCGGGCAGAAAUUGUGGGUAUUUUACCAAAUCAGUACAAUCCUAACGACGUAGUACUAGAUCUUUAUUUCGUUGAUUACGGCGAUAGUGAAUAUGUAUCGCCCCACGAGGUAUUUGAGUUGCGUACCGAUUUUUUGACUCUAAGAUUCCAAGCAGUGGAAUGUUUCCUAGCAGGUGUUAAAUCUACCAUGCUGAAUGAUCCAGAUACUUGGGAUCCGCCAUCAAUCCAAAAAUUUGAGGAACUUACACAAGUUGCUAAUUGGAAGAAACUCAUUUCUCGAGCAACUACUUAUAAAGAGCGACAAAGGGGUGUAGCUGGUUCUGCCCGCGAGAGUUCUCCAAUACCAGGUGUUGAACUUUUUGAUUUGACAGAAGGUGUGGAAGUCAACAUUGGACAUAUUUUAAUUUCACACGGAUUUGCCUUGCCUGCCGAUGACCUACCACGACCACGUUCCCCUUACUAUUCAAACCCAUCUUCAAUUGUUCACCGUAACGAGAACUUGUCAAAUGACAAAGGGAAUAAAAGCAUUGAUGAACAUUUUCUGAAGGAUCAGUAUGAUACCAUACGAACAAAUAACAAUUUAUAUGCAGAUAGCGCUGAUAACGAAAUUGUCACAUUAACAGACGAACAAGCAGCAGAUAAUCUAACAAAUUUGUCUGCUUCUAAGAUUUUGAUGAAUAAGAAAUCUACAGAAGCAUUGGAAAAUAGUAAUUUACAUAUUAAAAAUGGAAAUUUAAAUCGAUAAGAGCGGGAUCUUUGCUGAUGCCGAAUUAAUUAAGGCAUUGAUUACUUCUCAUGUUGCUACUUUUGUUAUAAUGUAUCAUUUAAUUUUACAUUUAGUACUUAAGCGGGUGAAUAUAUGUAUAUAGGUAAAUGUUUGAAUGUUACAAACAUAUAUGAACAUCGACUGGACAAUUUUGCAACAUAUAUUAAUUGAUGUUAUUGCUUCAAUUUUGUUAUUUAGUGCCCUUAACAAAAACUUGCGGGAAACGCAAUGAUUUAAAUUUGAUGUAGGAAUAUAUUUACGUCGUUUUUUUAGUGGUAAUUUAAAUUCGAAAAUAAUUUGUUAAAUUUUAACAAUACCUACUUAAGAUCUCUCUGUAAAGAUCUAUUUAUUUUAUUCAAUAGACGAAAUUGUUUCAAUUAAAAUUAUCGUACAAAUUACAUUUUUGUGUACAUAUGCUAACAUACAUUUGCAUUCAGCAAGCUGAAAAUAUAUUUUUUUCUAAGUCGUAUACAAACCAAAUCGUUUUUUGUACAGAAGUAAAUAUUAUAAGUUUUUGAAUGACUUAUUUAUUAUUAAUAUAAGGAUUUCAUAUUGGGUUUAGUGAGACAAAGUGGUUUAAUGCUGAUGGUAAUCAGUAAUAGAAAAUAUAUAUAUAAUAUAAUGUUUUUGUAAAGUUUAGGCGUAAUAAUCGCCAAUGAAAAAUUUUUAUUUUCUGGGAAAACGAUCACGUAAAUAUACAACAAAAGCACAUUGUGGUACAGCACAUAAGACUUGGGUGGUUUGGUGAGUAAAAUCCCUACCCUCUAUAUAGCAUAAACCGUUUCCAUUUUUAUAAUACAUUUUUAUUUUUAUUUUUUUGUUUA